GUGACAUUUUAGAGUUGGCUCUCACUUUGUAAAAGUCAUCCUUUUAAUCCUCAUUUCACCCCUUUAACCCACUCAGCACCCUUUUUAAGUUUUAAUUUUAGGCUGAAAACCCGUUACUCUGGUACCUCUUAAAUUUUCAAUUCAACAGUGUUUUAUUUAAGUUUCCGACUUCAUCAUGAUUGAAGUGUUAUUGCUAAUUUUACUUUCAAGUAAUUUAGCUGAGUUGAAGGCAGUUGAACGUGUUUUCCUUGAUCCAGGAAUUGACCCAUUGUCCGAUGAAAUGGUUAAUGCCAUAAACUCUUUGAAUACUACAUGGAAGGCUAAAAGAAACUUUGUUGGAGUUUCUUUCGACUAUGUUAAAGGACUCUUAGGUGUCGCUCCUGAUGAUGAUGUUUCUUUACCCGAAGCAGAUAACCAGAUCCAGAUUGCCGAACAUAUUCCCGAAAGAUUUGACGCUCGUGAAGCAUGGCCAUACUGUUCAUCCAUCUCCAACAUUCGAGAUCAGGGUUCAUGUGGUUCUUGUUGGGCUGUUGCUGCUGUUGGAGCCAUGUCUGAUCGUAUUUGUAUUGCAUCUGAAGGCCAUCAUCAAGUUGAACUGUCUGCCGAAGAUUUGCUCGCUUGCUGCUCCGAUUGUAGAGAUGAUUGCAAAGCUGGGUAUGCUUCUAGGGCUUGGGACUAUUGGGAGGAUUACGGAAUUGUUACUGGUGGCGCAUUCGAAGGAGCUGGAUGCAAACCAUAUAAAUAUGAACCUUGUAAACAUAACUCGACAUGCCCUAAAGGGGAAUGCUUUACUAUUUCUUAUUGCAAUGAAAGUAAAGCUGAAAAGCCAAUUUGUGAAAAAAAAUGCCAACCAAACUAUCGUGAGGAUUAUGAAAAAGAUAAAUAUUACGGCAAGAAAGGUAAGCCUAUCUUUGGAUCUCGAAGAGCGGAAAAUAUUCAGACUGAAGUAAUGACCAAUGGACCCGUAGAAGCAUCAUUCUCAGUUUACAGCGACUUCUUCUGCUAUUCAUCAGGUGUUUACCAACAAAAGUCUAACGUUUAUCAGGGGGAACAUGCAGUUCGCAUUAUUGGUUGGGGAGUUGAGAAUGGCGUUGACUACUGGCUUGUUGCUAACUCCUGGAAUACAUAUUGGGGUGAUCAAGGAUACUUCAAAAUUCUCAGAGGAGAAGAUGAAUGUAAUAUCGAAACCAAAAUAUAUUUUGGAACUCCUAUUUUACCAGAUAACUGAAAACUUGUAUCAAAAGGGACAACUUGACUAAACAUGGACAAAAUUUUACGUUUGAAUUCCAUUGCUUUGUUAUCUAAAUGCCUAAUGACUCGAUAGCUUUAUUGUUGAUGUAAAUAUAUUUUAUGUUGAAUUGUAUUAAUAAACUCAUCUUGAAAACUU